CUUUUUAAAAACAACAAAGUUUUCAAAAAUUAAAAAAUCUGUGUUAGAACAAUUUAAUAAUAAUAAACUUGUGUUAGUAUCUAUAAGACUUGUAUUUUCCUCCCUAAGAUAUUCAUUCAUGUGUACAAAAGUCGGCAACAAAUACACCUUUAAACUGAUUAAAGAAAAAAAGUCCUCUCUCAAUAUCCAUGCUCCAUCACAUUUCAAUUUAUAUACCUUGACAAGACUUUUUUUUUCUUCCUUGCUAAACUCUAGAGCUCCUAGUUAACACAAUUUUACUCUCUCUCGAACACAGCUGGCUGAGUCAGUUGAGCUAAGGAUACAAAAGCGUGCGGUACGGAUCGCGGCCAAUUUCCCUAAACUUUUAGCAGGAUUCACAUUUUUUUAUAUCCUCCCUCUAUGUAUAUGAUUCAAUAGAAAAAAAAAUUUUAAUUUUUUACCGGUACGAUUAAACUUUAAUUGUGAAAAAAGAAGAAAAAAAAAAAUGAAAAAAACCCUGGAGGUGUUCAAUAGAAAGUGAAUGUGAAAAGAGAAAGUUUUAUUUUGAGGAAAGAAAAAAAAGGUGCAAAAAAAGUAUAUUAUUCAAAAAUUUCAGACCAGACGAGAUAGAUAGAAAAAAAAAUAUAGGUAAACUUCUAUAUGGCACACACCCCAACAAUAUAAGAAGAAUCAAUCAUUAGCCACCCUACACACCAGCAUCCAUGAUGAUGCUCAUCUUCAGAAAAUUAGAAAAAACGAGUUGGAUACUAUUUUAAAGGAUUUAUUAUACCCAACAAGGAUACAUCUCAGAUCUCACACACACAUUUCUUCAAAAAUUGAAAUUGUGUCAUCUUUAAAGUUAGAUGUUUCCUGAAACUUUGAAGAUAAAUCUCCAGCCGAAGCAAAAGACUGGGCACAACCGGUGAUAUGGACGAAAGUUGUUCCACCACCACCGCCGAUCACCACCAAAGUACGGGUAACUAUCGACCACAUUGUCGUCGAAAAAGCAAUCACCACCACUACCACCACCACCACCACCACCAACACCAACCACCCACCUCACAACAACAAACGGAAUUGCUGUCCUUUCAACUAUGCUGCAAUAUCGACAAGGCAACUACAACUACCCAAUCGACGACGACUACGACGACAGCAACGAGGACGACAACAGGCCAACAUUAUUAUAACGUUGGCCCCCACAGUCCAAUACCCAUCAUCCAUGAUGCACGUCCAAGAGGAACGAAACCACCACAAUGCACCAUCAGCACCCCCAUUACCACAACUUCGAUAGCUUUGACGUUUCUUGUUAUAUUUCUCCUCCUCACUGACCUGACUACAACGACUACAGCAGCCAAAUUAAAAGCAUUAACAACAACAGAACCUCCACUAGAGUUAGACAUAAACAAUGGAGUAUUCUUCGAAUACUACCGCCAGCAACAGCAAUACGAGCUGCAGGACCAGCAGCAGCCGUCGCACCAUCGCCACCGGCAGAGGGACAUUCCGGAAACGGAUGACACAGCACCAACAUCGACGUCAUCCUUGGCAGCUGCUACUGCAACAGCGAGCUCUAGUACUUCAUCGUCGUCCUCAUCGAGUAGUGCGACAACGGCAACAGCACCAAGCAAAUGCGAGCCCAAAAUUCUGGAGGAAAUUCCGCCCGAUCCAUUUUAUGAUGUCACUGACAUUGUUGAAGAUGCUGCCCGUGAAUUUAGUGAAUUCUUAUCGGUGAAAUUUCCAGCUUCAACGGAACAAACCAUAACCGAACAAUUACGGGAUGAGGUGCGACGACGUGCUAAUAGCUUGGCAACUGAUGCCCUCCAGCAGGAUGAAAAUCUUUUGGCAUUUGCCAUUGCUGCGCCUAGCAUUCAUACGGUUGUGGUGAAAUUUCGCGAUAAUGUUACGAUACCAUCGCAAGAGGUUCACAAUAAAUCAUUUCUGGGAAACUAUUGGCGUGAACUAGGAAUGGCAUGGAAUAGCACUGAUGGUUCACAGGAAUGGAGUGCACCGUUUAAGGAUUGUAAUUUACUUAAGGGACGUUGGCUAUGGCCAUUUAGGAUAUCAUUUACAGAGUCUCGAAUCAAAAUUGUGGCAGCUGCGUUUAUUGCCGCCGAUGUGGACCUUUGUAAUGAUGCUUUGGAGGAGAUUUUUGGCCGCCGUCAUGGCUGUGACCGCAACACAACCUUCUGUUUGCUGACUGAAACGAAGCCAUCCACGACACGUGAUGGCUACACAUGCAUUUGCAAGGACUCCUACUAUCUACCCAACUCAACCCUGCAAGGUUUUACUGCCGAUAAGGUGGAAAACUCUGACUACGACAAUUUCUCGUGCAUCCCUUGUCCCGGUGGCUGCACCGCAUGCGACCAAAAGGGUGUUUGCUUGUUCGGCGAGCCCCAAGAGACAAUAUCGAUGGAGAAUCUGUUGCGCAUUACUGUUGGAUCCAUGUUGGGCUCCUGUAUACUAUGCUGCCUCGUGUUAGCGGUUGCAGUCUUCCAACACAGGAAAUGCAAGGCUAUUGCGUCAGGAAUGUGGACCGUGUUGGAAACUAUACUUCUAGGAAUCAUUCUGCUCUAUGCAUCGGUUGCACUUCACUUUUUCCAAGCAUCCACGGAGCGAUGUCUUCUCGAGCCCUGGCUACGUGAAUUGGGUUUUAUUACAUGUUACGGUGCUAUAAUACUAAAGCUUUAUAGACAUUUGGUAGAUUUUCGAACUCGAAAAGCCCAUCGUUGGGUUUUGCGAGAUGUUGAUUUAUUAAAAUAUCUUGGAACAAUGGUAUUUGCUGUGACUUGUUAUAUGGCUGCAUUCACAGCCUCAUCUCUAGACUUAAUCGAAACAGCACAAUUAGAUGGACUGCGCGAAGUGCGAACAAAUACUUGCCACCCAUUAAAAUGGGAAUAUGUUACACAAAUAAGUGAAAUUUUAAUAUUAUGUUUUGGAUUAAAUUUGGCAGUUGCUAGUCGAAAUGCAAAUACACAAUUUAGGGAAAGACAAUUUCUUGUUGCAUCGUUACUAUUAGAGUUUACAGUAUCGUCAACUUUUUAUAUAGCCAGGGUAAUUUAUCUACCCGAACUUAGUCCUGGAGCAAUACUCUUAGCGCUCUUCCUGCGGUCCCAGCUUACAAAUACAAUCACACUAGGACUGGUUUUUGUGCCAAAAAUAUGGUAUCAGCAUAAGCAGGUACGUUCCCUUGCCCAUGAUCUAUCAUUACGCUUACCUGUGGAUGCUUUCAAGGGUUCCCAUGAUACUGGACAUCACCUGGGUGGUGGUUACGCCGGUCUCUGCCUGGGCGAUCCAGACAUCGGAGAGCUAACUAUAUCCGAAAUGAGCCCCGAAGAUAUCCGAGCUGAACUUAAAAGACUGUAUACACAACUUGAAAUUUUAAAGAAUAAAACUCUGCGGCAGGACAAUCCGCAUAUAAGCAAAAGACGUGGUGGACGAAAAGCUGGACACCGACGAUUUUCAUUACAGAAGAAAGGAAGUAAGGAUAAGGCACUAAGUGCAAAACAUCGUAGCAACAAACACCAUCAAGAUGUCGAAAUAACCGAAGCUGAAGCAUCUCGAACACCGGAAGAUUCUGUUUGUAGUGCCGAAGGACCCACAGAUACUUAUGCUGAAAUUUCUGGAUUAUCACAUUCAAUGCUCUCACAUUCCAUGGUCUCACAUUCAAUGGUCUCACAUUCAACUAAAUGAGAAUAUGUCGUAUAAAUUUAAUGGGAAUUGGUAUUCCAUACAAAAAUAUAAACAAAAAACAAAAAAAACCUCUAAGUUCCACCUAAAGUUCAGAAUAAGUUUAACAAAAAAUUAUUAUUAUUGUAAUACAGUAUACCUAAAGCUUUUUCUUGAUUUUGUAAACUUUUUAAACAAAAUAAACUCUCCAGCAUUAUAAAUUAUUA